UCAUUUUGUUUGAAAAUUCGCAAAGGUCGAGAGCCCAUCGCUACUGGCGAACACGCAAUCGCGGUUGCACGUCACCUCGCGUCGCGACGUCGAACCACGGGACGAGCACGCGAGACGCCAUAUUGAGCGAAUGUUGAUUGAAUGCGGUUUAGGUGUUUACGCGGUUCGGAGUAAAACCCGUGGAAAAACGUUUCGAUUGCCGUACAGCCCGUUCAGAGUACUCGCGUACGAUCCACUUGGUGUGCCAGUUGCACCACGCGGUGAUAGAAUGAGCGGCAGCGACGUCGGGGACGGUCAAUGCAACAGGACGAGUGAAAGCAACGUAGCAGCGAUGGGUGACGUUCUCGCUAAGAAACACGCAGACGAUGCACCUCACGAUGGCUGCACCGACGCUGACGGCGAUCCCACGCGACAGGACGUGGAUCCUGUCGACGAUUACGGGGACGACGCUGUCAGGUCGCCUGUCGUCGCGGACGCCGUUCCUGUCGCGAACAUGACUUUGGAUGAAAGCACGAUUAAUGCGUUUAUCAAGGGUGCAAGAGAUCCAGAGAUCAUCGAGCACAGUCCAUUGAGGACAAGCUUGGAGACUGUUGUAGAUAAUUCGAGCAGUAGCUUGAGUAUAGAUAGUCCUUCCAGAGGGAAGGAGGCAUGUUCCUGUGAUACAUUCAAAGCAAAAAGAGAGCUGUUCAGAGAAGAGCUGCAGAAGGCCAUGAAGUUUCAGAACCUGUGGACUGAACUGAGACAACACAUACGAACCUCUUUCAAUGCUGCAUUGGAAGCCACCCGUACAUCAGGGAGCUUACAAUUGCAGCAGAGCGUGCUUUCUGUAGAUAACAUGCACGACAUUGUUCUACAACUGUGUAAGAGGGAUCCUCGUCAGUUGUUUAUGAGGCUAGUGAGUCAGGCACAGGAAUUCGUUGUAGAAGUAAAAGUUCGUUUGUUAGCUCUUCUACACGAUCGUAGUGUAAAUAACUUAGCAGAAAUUUUUCUUACAGGUCUUUUAGAUGAUUACGACGCGUUGAUAUCGACGGCUUCGCAAAUAUCUGAAUUAGUAAAACCUUUGAAGGAUCAUCUGUGCAAGUUUAAUUUGUCGUGGGAUUGUUUCAUUAAAAAGUUAUAUCAGAUCUAUGUAUACGACGACCCGUUGGUACAAAACAAUUUGCCGCCGUUCAUUGGACAGUUGAGGAAACUCUUGCCAUUGAAAGGCUCAGAAUACCAAGGCCUCGUUCAUCGAUAUUUGUCGUUUGACGACGAGAUGACGGUAAUCGGAGACCUGUGGCCAGAGACUGAGCCGUGGAUGGAUAAGUACAAUGCAGAACAAGCAGUUCGAAUGACCAGGCUCAGGCAAAUAAGGGAGGCGUGGGAAUUGUUUACAGCGACUAGGAAACUUAUGGAGCAGCGUAUGUUGAACAAGUCGCCCGAUAGUGGAAACGAAUUGCAAGAAGUCGACGGUCAACUUUCGACGCUUGCGUCACAAGCAAAAGUUGGUAUAUGUGAAAUGGAUAGUAGGCCUUUAAGUCCAACGCCAGAUUUUAGUUUGGAUUCGCUCAAUAUGCCCCCGAGUAUUGAGAUAGUUCAAAUCUUGUUAGAUGACUGGAAUAAAGCUCAACAUCAAAAGUUAGCCGACAUAGCCGGCGUACUGACGGCUACAGAUAUUUAUGCUAACGGCCAAGACGAUCCUGACUUUUUCGAUUACGCGCGCGCGACGUGUCAUCUAGCUCAAUUCGCGAUUAGAUCUGUCAGGGCUCAUAACGAAGGUGGGUGUUUGGAAAACAACGCGGAGGAAGGGAAAAGCUGCGAUUGUCACAUGUGUAUAGGACCCGCGGUGUCUCCAACCGUCAAUAAAAGUGAUACAGACAAUAUAGAAUUACCAUUAGAAAAUCCUUUUCCACAGCUCACGAAUGGUUUUUUAGAAGACACGGCCAAUUGUUCCGCGACACAGGUGAAGAAAAAAGUGGAGGAGGUGGAAACGGUGGAAGCGGAAAGCGACGGAAAGGAGGUGAAGAACGUACAAGAGGAUACCGAUUUGAGAACGUCCGAACCGCAACCGUGUUCAUGCGUGUAUCAGCACGCUAGGGAGAUAACGGAGAGGAAGAGGGAGGUUCUGGAGAAUCCUCCUUGUCCCUGUCUGUUGAACUCCAAACGGAAGUGGGAUACUUGUCCCUGUUUGGCAAAAUCUGUACCUGAUAUGGUCGGAUUGAAUAAUCAUCCAAAGCCGGUAUCACCUUCCGCCGUGAAGACUAACCAAGAAUCAAAUAAACCAGCAGUGAAAACUGGUUCUACGCAGUCUGCUCAAACACAGACGAGACAUUCUACGACGCAGACGCAGAAUACCACUCACAAUCACGCAACACAUCAAGGUACCGCUCAUCCUCCGCACACGCACGGACUUCUUCCAGACUUGGUGAAAAACACGGGUACUCCUCAUAGACCUCACGCGCACACCAACCAUUCGUCGCACGCGUGUCACAAGCAGGCCAAUGUCGAGCACAUCAAGCGAGUGUCGUGUAAUGACCUAAGUUCCGGAGACGGUGAUUGUUCGGAUUCCGGAAGCAGUCAAGAGGACUCUUGCUCGACCAGUAGUUCGGCACAAAGAGACUCAAGUAGGCAUUGUGACUGUUGUUACUGUGAAGUGUUUGGGCAUGGAGUUGCUUCUGUGGCGCCGGUUAGUCGAAACUAUAAUGAAAUGAGGGAAAGGUUACGGCAGUUGUUGACUAAGAAACAGGCGAAAAAGUGUAAAGCCGCGUGUAGUCCUUCGAAGAGCUCGUCGGAGUCCUUGUCGACGAAUCCCAACACGGAAACGAAAGCGAUAACGAAUUCGGCGCCUAGAUCGAACACUCCAGUCUCGACCACCUCCACGGUGCAGCCUGAUCAACGAGAUCAGAGGGACUUGGAGGAAUUGCUCGAAUUCAUCGAAGGGAACCAGAAUGGGAAGAAGGAUAAUAAUAAGAAGGCUGAGAAGAAGGCCAGACAGAAGCAACGGAAGUUGGAGGAGAAGCUUAAAAGAGACAGACAAGAGGCGGAAAGACAGAAACUGAUAGAGUUGCAAAAAAAGACGCCGGAAGUUACGAUCACGGUCGUAGAUCCGCAGAAACCCGUUCCUCAAAGAUUGCUACCUCGGUGUAAUCUACCCGAAGUAUCUAUUUUACCUACGUCACCGCCAGUAGCAUUGCCGACUGUAAAGCAAUUAAGUAAUAAAAAGAAAGACAAGCAAGAAGUCUAUAGCAAUAGUAGUAACACUAGUAGCAGUAGCUGUAGCAGCAGUAGUAGUAGUACAAGUAGUAGUAUAAACAGCAAAACGAAGACUGCACCUGUGAAUACGAAUCUAAAGAACAAAAGUAUUAAUAUCAGUAAGCUCGAGAAAACGGCGGUGUCUAGCCAAACGAAUAAGACGGUCGCCAAAAAUGACAAAGUUGACGUUGGCAAUAAAACGAACAAAACGCAGACCAGCAACAGCGCGAGCGGCAAGCAAAACACGAGCAAUACCGCGGAGAAAUCGCUGCCUGUUGAUUCGACCGAUAAGAAAUUGACGAAGAAGGAGAGGAAGAAGCUGAAGAAACUGGAGGAGACGAAAGCGAAAGAGGUGAAGAAACCGGUUCAGGCGGAGACCCAGCCGCAAAUCGUGACCAUUAAGAGGGUCAUGGAGUCGAACAGCACCGAGCCUACAGUCACGAUCACGCUGAAAGGUCAAACACCAGCCGAGGAUAAGGUUUUAUUCACGCUGGUGAAUGGACAGACUAAGGAGGUCGCUCUCCCGAAGAUGGAAAACGAACAGAACCAGAACAUCAGCGGGAAGAAGAAGAAGACCAAAGCAAAUAACAAUAACAAUAAUAACACAAAUAACAACAACUCGUUGCAACAGGGAAACAAGUUGCAACAGACGAACAAUUCGAAGCAACAGAGCCAGAAUAAAAUUUGCGAUAACAAGAACGCGAAGCAGCAAACAAAUAACGACAAGCCCAAAGGGAAACAAGUAGACGAGAAGAAGCUUCAGCAGCAGAGUAUAACCGAGACGAAGACGAAAUCCAAGAAGGAUAAGAAGAACACGGAGAACAAGGAGAAUGUGCUACAGCAAAACACAGUGAACAAAAACAAGAAUCAACAACAGAGCGUGUCUAGCAAGAAACAGACUAAAAUAAAUACUCCUCCUCAGACACCGGUUUCUCAGAAGACGCAGAACACGACGAACGAGAACCAGAAGAAAUCGAAAGGGCAGCAACAGGAUAAAAACGGUCAGUUGAAUUCUGCUAAAAAUAAUAAAAGUAUGAGUGCCAACACCGCGAGCAAGCAAACGAAGAGUGAUAAUCAGAAGACGCAGAGCAAGACGCCAGGUCAGAUGACGAUCAAACAAAGACCAGAGGUACAACCAGCUUCCACGGAGCGAGUCAACUCGCCCCUGAGCAGUCAGUUCAAAGACAUCAGCGCGAAUUCCAAGAUUAACAUAGAGAACUUAAAGUUACCACCAGGUAUCACGAUAACGAAGGUUGACGCGCCAGCGAAACCUUUGCCUAUAAGAUCAGCACCGCUUCCCAAGCCUGUGAAUCCUCCCAAGCAAACCACGAUCAUCGCUGCACCGAUGAGUGGCGUUCAGUCGAGCUACGCGAGUCCUCAGGCGGGUGGAAACGUGAUCGUCGUGGAUACUGGGAAAUUAAAGCAGGAUCUCCUCCCCAAACCUGCGGAGAAGGACGUGCCUAAAGAAACGCCACAGACCCAAAGCACCACCAGCAAGAAAAAGAAGAAGAAGAACAAAAAUGCACCGAACUCUGGCAACACCAUCAACCAGACAAUGGCGCAAAACAGUGAUCCCUUCGCCAACGAUCACAUAGAUGAACCAGCUAGAAUCCUUCACAAUCCCAACACGAACACGGUGACCAUAAGGAACCCAGCGUUUGGUCCGAUGAAAGUACCACCAACCCAACAGGCAGCUAUUAUAAAAGUGUCAGAGAACGGUAUGGUGACUAUCAGGAGUCCAGCGUUGCAGCAGGCUAUCAACGCAGGCCUGACAUCGCCACCGAAACCCGAUUACAUAGUGAAAGGCGACUUGUCGUCCAGACCACCGACGGAGAACGCAAACCUGAAGCACGUGAACGGUAUCAUCCCGUCGAGCCUGGCGGAACUGCGAAGCAGACUGAACCCGGACUGCGCGACUCUCAACGGUCUAGCUAACAUUCAGAUCAGCAAAGUGACCAACGGUCAACCGAUACCCGAGAACGGGAUCAACCUGAAAGGAACCAGCGUCACCCUGACGAAGGUAAGGACCGACACGAGCAUCAAGGACGUUCAGAGCGCAAAAACGACGGGCAGAGAAGCGAUAAACACCUCGUUACCGGCCACCACCACUGGGAAGAGCAAGAAAAAGAAAAAACGCGGCGCUGGCGCGCGACAAUGCGGAGAUGACUGGAACCUCGUUGAGAGCGUAUUCACGCCCAAAGAUAUAGACCUCGAGGACGGAGAGAUGGACGACGUCGAGCGCGAGCUGGAAGCCUUCAAGAGGUUUUGUCUGCAGUCCGUGCCGCCGCCACGCAAGGAGAAGGUCAAUCUCAACAUCAAGGACAUCGUUCUGAAGAAGAAAUCAUCGUCGUCGUCGUCGUCGUCCUCGGCGGCCGCCGCAGUCAUCGCCGCGAAUUGAUUUCUCUCGACGCUAAAGCUUAGAUGCAUCCACUCCCUCGCCCCCCCUCUAUUUGUGUUGGCUUGAAGCAGAGUUAACGGGGGAGUCCGUAUCGGGAACGAGAAACCAGCGUCAUCCGAGUUUAGGGAAACGCACCGAAGUUGAGCAAUUUGUAAUUCAGAUUUACGUGAUUAAUUGUAAAUCUGUAAUCGCGAUUAAAGGCUGACGAAUAAUCGUAUCAGCUCCGAAGAAUUAAAAAUUACUACUUCUGACAAUUGCGAGCGUUUACUGUGCGAGAGUAGUCAAAGUGCUCAACUUUGAGUCGCAUAUCGCACGGUCAGACAAUAAGAUAUCAUUCGCCGAUUGUUAACCGCAAUUUGUCUGUUGAUUUGAAUCGAACGCGAGAGUAGCGUCACCUGCGCGAAUCCUGGGACUCCCCUUCGCGAGGGAAGUUACCACGUGCGUUGGCCCCUUAGCCCCCUCAGUUAAGAUUUUAGUCGAGCUAUCGAACCGUACCGGACGACGAACAAGAGCAUUAAACGUUCGCGUCGAUACAAUUGUUACGGAGCUAGGUUGGCUAACCUAUCGCGCGCACGACCGAAUUAUACUAAAAGAAACUUUAUUGUACUCGAUGUUUUUUCUUCUUUCUUUCUUUCUUUUUUUUUUUUUUAAGUUCUUCAACGAAAACUCCGUUGUUUUUGCAUCGAGCCAAUCACCGACGAACAUUGUAAUACUGCCACGGUCGAUGUGCGUGAAACUUCGACAACGGUGUUGCGCUUGUAGUUGUUGAGAACGAUCGUUGCGAAAGCGUGAAAGAAAAGUAAAAGUAUAGCAAUAGACUAGGGCAGUCACCGCGGUACGACGCUGAGAACGUCGUUGACGAGGGGAACAAUCGUUUUUUGCUGUCGUUGUCGUCGCGUCGGUGCCCAGUCGACCUCGUAUUUUGAACAUAGCAAACGAUCGUUUAACGAUAGCGAUCCUUCCAUGCGGAGAUACACCGGAAUGGGACACGUUUUAGGUACGAUGUGCCAUGAUGGGUGACGUUUGUUCUCGAGACACAGCGAGCCGUAGGUAUAUAAUAUAUUAUAAAUGUAAAGUGUAUGUAUGUAUAUGUAUAUCUAUAAAUAUAGUAGGAACGAAUUUUCCCGUCGAGGCUGGUGUGAUUGAUCGGCCAAUUAUUCGAUCGCGGGAACGAUCGUGAUUCGAUCGAUACCUAAUCGAGACUUAGCGCGAUGGUAUCGUUCUUCGUCGUAUCGAUAACGCGCGAAUACGUUUGUCGCUGUAAUACCGACGAUCGAGUAAUCGCGUCGCCACGAUCGUGAUCGCGGGCUUAAAAGCACACACUUCUCGAUCGACAAUUUAUGUCCGACACGCGACACCACCGCAGACACUUACACGGAGACACCUUCUUUUUUUUCAAUAAAAGCAAAUACGCAUUUUUACCGAA